AUGUCUGUGAUAGAAUGGAAAUCAGUAAUUACACAAAGAAUCGUAAUCGUGCAAAGAAAAUCGCGCGUUUUAAACCGCCGAUAAGUCGACAGGACUUGACCAAUAAUUUGAUUUUGAGUGAUUUUUCUCAGGGCUGGUUGUCGAAGGGAGAACUUAGCGUAGACAAAAUUCACUCAUUGGAAAGGAAAAAAAAGAACGGUAGGUGAACGUGUGCAUACGAGAUAUAUCAUUGGCUGAAAGGUGCGAGAGAAAGAACGAGAACAGCAUUGAUACUCUGAAAAGAAAAAGAGAGAGUGGGCAUAAUACUUGUAGGCGUCGUGGGGGCCGCACGGGCUGAUCCUCCUCCUUCGUGCAAGCACGCGAGAGAAACAUGGUGGAGAGGAAGGUUGGCAUACCAUAGACCCGAAGUAGGAGGAGGUGGAGGUGGUGUAGUAGGUAGAAUAUCUCGGGAAUCGCGUUCUCGUAAAGUGGAACGGUGGUUGCAGAAACGUACAAAGGUCAAAGACUCGAUUGUACCAGGAUCUUCAGAAAAACCGUUAAACCCGUUGGACUGCUGCGCAAGUGGCGCCAGGGUCGUGAAGAUCCGCCACCCUCGCGUUUCUGCUUUCAGUGCUGAUCAAUUCGGUCUUCGUCCUAAAUCAGUUUAUUGGCGCAACGACCGGAACAGAGCGUGAUGCAGGCGCUGGAGAGCUUGAACGAUUCUCAGGUGAACGAUUUCCUAUCCGGCAAAGCACCCUUGAAUCUCACCAUGCGACUAGGGGAUCACAUGAUGCUGAUACAGCUGCAGUUGUCCACUGUGACACCAGCCUCGCCAACGGCCAAUCAAACGACCAGCAAUGCCACCGGGGGGCUAACCAUUGGUGGAAAUAGCUCGAACGGAUCUAAUUUAUCCACCAGCCACGUUUCGACUUCGUUGCAAAGUAGACGGUCCACCGUGCUGGCUGCACGCUCGGCCAACAGCAGCAGCGCCUCUGCGAAAUUACAAAAUGGAGCGGCUGCGAGGACAUCCUCUUUGAUAAGCAGUCUGGCUUCGGCGUUGCACGCAGCGGCCAGCUGCAGCACUAGCCUCUCGACAGCGACAACGACCACCAGUCCACCAGUAUGUUCAAGCCGCGCUGCAACUGCCUCCUCUUCUGUCUCCUCCUCGCCCUCCUAUUCGCCGAUCAGCCCGACACAUUCGUCCUUCUGCGCCAGCCAAACGUCAUCCGCCCGUACUGGCAGCAGCCAUGGCUCAGUGUCGCCCAACGGGAACUCCAACGCCUGUCAGUCUUGCCUUCUCUACCAUCAUCAUCACCACCAUCACCACAGUCACCAUCACCAUCAUCAUCACCAUCAUCACCACCAUCACCACUCAAGAAACAAAUCUACUAAUUCGUCCAAUAGUUCCCAAUCUUCAUCCUUUUCAUCCUCUGUGGACCACUUGCAACAACAAUCUACCUCUACCGGGCACGGAUGCACGGAGUCGUUGCCCUACGACGUAACCCCGCCGAGGAAAAAGCUCUGCACCGCUCAUCACCACGGUCAACAGCCCGCCAAUGGCGCAGACUCCACCAGGAGUAACAGUAUGGAUGGCGACAGUAGCCCUCAGAGUCCUACCUCUACACUGGCCGAGCAGAAUUCCAAGGCUGCGACCUUAGACACCAGGGCGUUAGCUGAAGCUUCUCGUAACUUGACGCAGAAACUUAAGCAACUCUCCUCUGAGGUACUCACCUCGCGGGUCGACCUCGCAGAGGAAAACGCAAGACGCAGACAAGGUGCAAUAAUAGAGAGUAUGCAUCACCAUGGGAAAGGUGUGUACUCUGGUACAUUCAGCGGGACCUUGAAUCCAGCUCUACAAGACAGACACGGUCGUCCGAAACGAGAUAUAAGCACCAUCAUUCAUAUUCUUAAUGAUUUGCUAUGUGCAACGCCAGCUGCCACUGCGGGUCAUUACAGGCAUCAUCACAGGCAUUCUAGCAAUCGUCAACAGUCUUCAACCUCUCCGUCCUCAAGUGGAUCAACAACUACUGUGAAUGGUGUCUCAACACCUGUUAUUGGUUGUCAUGAUACUUCUAAUCCUGGUUAUUCUACCGAGGAAUUGUCAAAGGAGAACGAAGCGACUAAGGGAAAGAUGAGACGUCUGCGUUUAGUGAUGGAACAACGACGCGCAAAGAGAAAAGCUAGGAGACAAGCAGGAGCUGCGCCGUACACUACGCAGUGGGCGGCGGUGACGCCGGAUCCAGAUCCAAACCAUGAUCCGAAUACCUCUAGUACCGGCGCCGCAAACGCAACUGAGCCUCAGAACGAGCCCGACCUGCAACCCUGCAGCCCUGAACCUGUCGUAGCUUGA